AUGUCUUGUUGUGUAGGGAGGAGUAAUGACGUCAUCAGUCUUUCGGAAUAUAAACACAGCGCUCCUUUUGAAUCCUCACACUUUGUGAAAGCUACAGUAGUCAUGAGGAUUUCGGUUGUUGCUGCCUUACUCGGAAUGGUAUUCCUCUGCGCAGAGGGUAUGCCUGUUGGGCACAAAAUGCCUGAAGCCUGUCAAAAGAACUGUCAUCUAGACCAUGUGACCUGUAGUUCAACCUGCAGAAAACAACACACCUAUAACAAAUUUGGAUUCCUCGACUGUUCAAAAAACUGCAAAUUUACAUACUCAAACUGUUCAGAUGGUUGUGUCCCUAAAGGAUUUUCAGAAACCCCUAUUGUUGAGGCUACAACUAAAGCAGCGGGAACCAUCGAUCAACAGCAAGGUCAGCUGACCACCACACCAGCCUCCCCCACGUCAGUUUGUUUAAGGGCUUGUUCUGCCGUUUCGGAAGCAUGUCAAGUCGAAUGCAAAAACGACCCACAUGACCCUGACUGCGUAACCGAAUGUUCUGCUGACUAUGAUGAAUGCGUUCAGGAUUGCGGAGCUAAUGCUCUCAAAGUUGCAAACGGCCAAAGUGUUAUCGCAAACUCAACGAACAGCCAAAAGGUGACAUGUAUGAUGGGAUGUUCCGUUGAAAACGUGGAGUGCAUGACAGAAUGCCAAACCGAUGUUACGGACAGUUCCUGUUUGACUGAAUGCACAGCAGAAUUGGGUGAGUGUCAGAAAGAAUGCAAUGACAGACACCCAGAGGUAACGCCUGAAGUUGAUGCCGCCAAUACUGCCAAUGCUGUCAAAGUCGAAUUUCUCCCAGGAACAGCAACAAACAAUGCGCAGUCAGGAAGUUACAGUUUUUACGUUGAUCAAACACAGACAAAUAACCAAGACGUGAAACAGUCCACGCUAACAGAUUGGGUUAAUCCAUCCAACACAGCUCCUGAGCAGUCAUACACUCUUCAUUCCAUCUGCAUAAGACAGUGCUCCCUGGAGCGCUCCAAGUGUGAGAUUGAAUGCUCAGCCACAGAAAUUUCCUGUAAGUCAGAAUGUAAAGUUGAGUACGAUGAAUGUGUCACCGAAUGCAACCAAGACUACCCGCAGAAUGUACAAAUAGGACAAACAAAUCUAGCUGACAAUUCCGGUAAAAGCGACAUCGGUUUUGGAUCAUCACCAAAACCUCCAAUGGGGAUAAGUGCCAGUACAUCAUCUUCCUCCAAGUCUGGCGCUGUUGUUCUUCAAGCAGCCGCUGCUGCAGAUCUCAAGACCGAAGUCGUAAUCCAGACCAGCAAUGGACAAGUCAAGACAACCUCUGACAAACCAAUGAGCAUGUUGAAGUUGCUCUGUCUGUCAUCCUGCGUAAUUGAAAGAAAAAGUUGUCUGAAUGAAUGUAAAACAGGUACCCCCGAAGCUGGAUGUUCAACUGAAUGUUACGAUGAAUAUAAAGAAUGCGUUGACGAGUGUAAAGAAGAUGAAAUCGAAAGAGAACAAGAGAAGCUUGAAAAAGAAAAGGAAAAACUUGAAAAACAGCAAGAAAAAGCGUCAAAAGCCUAUGAAUUUUCCUUCAACAAUAUAGAAAAGGACCAAGGAGAAGAUUAUGAUUACGACUAUGACUCCUCAUCCGAAUCAAACGAGAGAUAAGCCAUUAAAAUGAAUGACAUAAGGAUUCAGUUCCAACACAAAACAGGACAGAAGCGUCAUUUAUUCACGUCUUACUAUCCUGUCUUAACUUAUCGCUGAAAUAGCCCGGUGCAUUUAGACACAGCUAGAGAAAGACGUCGCAAUCAGGCCAGCUUCAUCCCCCAAACAGUCUGGAAGAGGACAACAUAGAGAACGUUUGUGUGUAACAGUGGUUGAUACUUUGUCCACUCUACUUUUUUCAUUUUUUAAUUAUUUUGUUGUACUAAUAUUUAGAAGUAUCUUCGACGAAGAACAUUUUUUCUUAUAUCUUUGUGACUUUACACAUAACCCAUUUCAUAAUUGUGCAAAUUCAUCUUAUGCAUAUGUGAAUCAAAUGUGGUCAAAUGACGCCAUUUUCAGGUGUGGCUAACAUUUCCUCGUUAUGCGGACACUGUGUCUGCUAAUUGUUUACUAAACCAUAUAUAUUCAUGCGAUACACCUUUACAUAUGUCACCUGUGUAAAACAUGUCCAUGCCAUUAUACAUACUGUUGAUAAAAAAAUAAAUUUUUGAAAUCUUAA